GAAAAGAGCAAUCAGCUGUUGACAACUCAUGCCUUUCUUAACAUCAACAUUUUAAAUGCGUUUGCUUGGAACUUUGAAUAAAUUUGGUAAAUUAUUGAAUUAUUCCCUUGCCCGGAAUUUCCCAAAACGCAGCAUGGCCUGCAGCAGAUUCGAGUACGUUAAAUCCUUUGAGCAGGACGACAGCAUACUGCCCAAUGUGUGGAUAGUCAUACGAAUAGACGGCAAAAAGUUCCACAAGUUCUCCAAGACACACGAUUUUGAAAAGCCCAACGAUGAAAAUGCUCUCAAUGUGAUGAAUGCUGCUGCAACGGCGGUGAUGCAGGAGUUUCGGGACAUUGUCCUGGCUUAUGGUCAAAGUGAUGAGUACUCCUUUGUUUUUCGCAAAGAGACGGUAGCCUUCAAGCGACGAUCCGCCAAACUGCUCACCUACGUCACCAGUUUGUUCUCCUCGAGCUAUGUGAUGCAAUGGGCCAAGUGGAUGAAUCUGCCAUUGGCCUAUGCCCCCUGUUUCGAUGGUCGCGUUGUUCUGUAUCCUUCGGAGCAGAAUCUAAAGGACUAUCUGAGCUGGCGGCAGGCCGAUGUGCAUGUGAACAACCUGUACAACACCGCCUUUUGGAAACUAGUUUUGGAAAAGGGCCUGACAAACCAGCAAGCCGAAGCGAAACUCCGUGGAACCUUUUCGGCGGACAAAAAUGAGUUGCUCUUCCAGGAAUUCGGGAUAAAUUACAACAAUCUGCCAGCAAUGUACAGAAAGGGAACGAUUCUGCUUAGAAAGCGAGUGAUAUUGGGUGAAAAGAGCAGGCAGGCCGUGGUGCCGCUGCACGAGGAUCUAAUAUCUUCGCAGUUCUGGAAAGAACACACCGAAAUAUUGGGAAAAUAUGUGCCUGGCACUUACAACGCACCACAAACACUGCCCCGAUUGGUGGAGAUGCAACUAAAUGGCAAGGAACUGGACGAUGAGGCGGAGGAGCCACAAAAUCUGGCCGGUACCAGCUGAUAAAAUAUGGAAUAGUCUUGAU